CGGGAAGCGGGGCGGCAGUUGCUCACGCCGUGUGGUCGGUGGGCUGGGAGCAAAGGGCACCUCGGGGGGGCGUCGCCCCGAUCCCCCGGUCUCGAGUGCGCUGCCUGCCGCUUCUCACCCCCUCGCUGCUCGGGGCCGGAGCGGCACAGCUCGGCCAUUUCGUAGCGCCGCGAGGCAUGAAGCUCACCAAAGCCCAGUACGAUGAAAUAGCCCAGUUCCUGGGCCACGUGCAGCCCACCCGGCAGAGCCUGAGGAAGCUGAAGGAGAAGUUCCCUAGUCAAUCGCAGUCCACUCUGCUGAGCAUCUUCUCCCAGGAGUACCAGAAACAAAUAAAAAGAACACAUGCCAAGCAUCAUACUGCAGAAGCAGUUGAAACUUACUACCAAAGGUACCUGAAUGGGGUGAUGAAAAAUGCAUCUGCCCCUGUUUUACUGGAGCUGGCCAAUGAGAUGGACUUUGCCCCAUCUCUGAUGGCUCGUAUUGUGUUGGAAAGAUUUCUUCAAGAGCAGGAACAAGCCAUCCCAUCCAAAACGCUUAUAAAUAGUAUGCUAAGGGAUCCGUCUCAGAUUCCAGAUGGAGUUCUAGCAAAUCAAAUCUAUCAGUGUACUGUGAAUGACUGUUGUUAUGGACCACUGGUGGACUGCAUCAAACAUGCUAUUGGACAUGAGCAUGAAGUCUUGCUGCGAGAAAUGCUUUUGGAAAAAAAUCUUUCCUUUAUAGCCGAAGAUCAGCUUCGUGCAAAGGGUUAUGACAAAACACCAGACUUUAUUUUAGAAGUGCCAGUAGCUGUUGAAGGACACAUAAUUCACUGGAUUGAAAGCAAAGCCUCAUUUGGUGAUGAAAGUAGCCACCAGGCCUACUUGCAGGACCAGUUUUGGAGUUAUUGGAAUAGAUUUGGCCCUGGAUUAGUCAUCUACUGGUAUGGAUUUAUUGAAGAGCUGGACUGCCAUCGUGAACGUGGCAUCCUGCUAAAAGACUGCUUUCCUACUGACAUUGUGACUCUGCGACACAGCAUGGCUCAGCGCUGAUGGUGGGAGGAAGAGGAAUCCAUACCUUGUAGCUUUUCUCUAAACUGAUUUUAAGCAAGGAAUCUGUUCAUAACCCCUGUAGGUACUGUAACAUGCAAUUUCUGGCAUACUAAAGUCUAAAAGAACAACAUACAGAGGCUCUCUACAUAGAUUAUUUCUGAAGAUUAUCUUCCUUGAGUUCAAGAAGAGGAGUUCAAAAAGAUAAAACACCACUGGACAGAUAAAGCAUACAAGUGAGUGUAAGUUUCCUGAGUCCUCAUGUAUUCUUGUAAAAGCAUUGUUGUUUUUUUUCCUGGAACCACCAAGAUUAGAGGUACAGUGAGGUGGGUGUUAGCCCUCCUUCAUGUCUUAGGGGUUUCAAUCUCAUUCUCUUUGUAUGCUCAGCACCACCCAGACACCAGUAUUUAGUCUCAGUUUUUCCUCCCUGUGUUGGCAAUUUCUUAGUAAAAGAAAUUAAUUGGGCUUGAUGCUACUUAUUACUCUUUUUUGAAUUUAUGUUAGUGAAGAAAGGUCAAAGUAUUUGAAAGGGUCAAACGAGAGUUCAGAAGUAUGAGCACCACAUUCAGAUUUUCACUUAAGUUAGGCAGAAGUACAGGCCUGUUUUGGAAUUAGAGGUAUGAUAAUAGUCCCCUUAAAGCACAAGUUGAUAACCUCUUCCAUAAGGAAAGGGUCUUUAAAACAUUACUGUGCCUAUUCAUCUUUUUUUUUUUUUUUUAAUUUGAGGUGAUAUUUUGUGCAUCUGUAUGAUUUCAAAAAUCACGUGCAAACUAUUUGUAGUCCUACUAUGAGUUAAAAGAAACUACUGUACUAUUACUAUUCACUCUUUUCAGAUGUGUAUGUGGUAUUUAUAUUCUGAACUUAUAUUCUCACUUCAAAACUUUUUGGUAACCAUUAGAGUGGAGUUUAUCAUUUUGACAAAUAUUUCAUUGUCAGGAAUAAAAUGUCUUUAGCCUUAAUGUUUGUCUGUUGUUACAGAGAUAAGCUAGCAUACCUCUGCUACAGUGAGUAGCUGGUGUAUAGAGACAAUUUUCUUGGUUUUGAAUGUGUAGUAGUGAAAAGAUUUAUUUUAAAAAAAUAUUAAAACACCCACAACUUGUUCAUGUUCAACUUAUGAGGUACUGUGCUUAGCUUAUUCUACCUGACCAGCUUUAUGGAUCUGCACAUAAAGAUAUUAGAGAAGCAGUGUGUGAACCUCCUUGAUGUUGCUGCAUUUAGGGUGUUGCUUCCCCUGGGACUUUUAACUGUGAUUUAGGUUAGCAGAGACUGCAAGACCAAGAAGAAAAUUAAAGAAUUAAGAACAUUAUUAUAAUGGAAAAUUCAGAAAUAAUGGAUGUCUGUGUGAAAGAGGUUUUAAGGGCAAAAUGGAUUUGUUUUAGCUAGUGCAUAUGCUUUGGAUUGUAUGAAAUCAUUUAAAUCAGCUUUUACAUGAUGCACUAAUGCUGGGUUUUUUUCUUUUUGAAUAAAUUAAAUUUAUCUGCACAGAUGUUGAAAAUUCUACUCAACCUCCAUCAAAGCUUUGCUUUAUUUGUUUUUACAUCAACCAAAUUUAUGUGGGGACACAUAGAUAAAUCAGGUUAGCCUUGUAUUUUGUUUGUUUAUUCCUCUACCUAAUGCUGUGACAUAACAGGUUGGAAAGCAGUACAGCUGUCUUUAAUCAAAGUUUUGACCUAAUCUUAUAUAUAUAUUGCCCACUUUAAGAACCUACGUAUUAGGAUGAAGUUGAAAUAAACCACAAUAAAGUACACACUAUACUAAUUCAAGCACAUUCAACCAAGCAAGCCACAAAAAUUAUGCUGUAUUGUGUUUUAAAUGCUGAAAACAAGACAUUAUAAAAAUUAAAACUGCAUUAUUAUCUCUACCUCUAAA